GUGGAGAACGGAGUGGAGCGAGUGCCGGAACCGGAAGUGUAGUCAAACGCGGAGGUGGCGAGGCAAGAUGGCAACCAAGAGGAAACGGCGUGGGAACUUGCUGGUUCGGGCGAAGAAGCCAAAAAGAAACGAAAAAGAUGCCGGGCCUCCAGUUACAUCAUCGGCUGUGGCAGAAGAGAUGGAGGAAGCAGAGAGAGAUCGUAUCCCAGGCCCUGUUUGCAAGGGCAAGUGGAAAAAUAAGGAACGGAUUCUCAUCUUUUCUUCCAGAGGAAUAAAUUUCAGAACAAGACAUUUAAUGCAGGACCUGAGAACCUUGAUGCCUCAUUCUAAAGCAGAUACUAAAAUGGAUCGUAAAGAUAAAUUAUUUGUGAUUAAUGAGGUCUGUGAAAUGAAAAACUGCAAUAAAUGCAUCUAUUUUGAAGCUAAGAAAAAACAAGAUCUUUAUAUGUGGCUUUCAAAUUCACCUCAUGGGCCCUCUGCCAAAUUCCUUGUUCAAAAUAUUCAUACCCUAGCUGAACUAAAGAUGACUGGAAACUGUUUAAAAGGUUCUCGGCCACUGUUGUCCUUUGAUCCUGCUUUUGAUGAAUUGUCACAUUAUGCUUUGUUAAAAGAACUCUUAAUUCAGAUAUUUAGUACCCCACGGUAUCAUCCCAAAAGCCAGCCAUUUGUGGACCAUGUAUUUACUUUUACCAUUUUGGAUAAUAGGAUAUGGUUUCGGAACUUCCAGAUCAUAGAUGAAGAUGCUCAACUUGUAGAAAUAGGACCUCGUUUUGUCUUAAAUCUGAUAAAGAUUUUUCAGGGAAGUUUUGGAGGACCAACUUUAUAUGAAAAUCCUCACUACCAGUCACCAAACAUGCAUCGGCGGAUCAUAAGAUCCAUCACAGCUGCAAAAUACAAAGAGAAACAGCAAGUAAAAGAUGUGCAGAGACUGAGAAAGAAAGAGCCAAAGACUGUUCUUCCACAUGAUCCAACUGAAGAUGUUUUUGUUAUACCAGCUAAGGAAAAACCAGUAGAAAUACAGUGGGUCAAACCAGAGCCAAAAGUUGAUUUGAAAGCAAGGAAAAAAAGGAUUUACAAAAGGCAAAGAAAACUGAAACAGAAGAUGAACAGUGGAAGUGCAAAAUGAAUAAGUGGAUAGUUGUUUUCCAAUUAAUGUAUAUUUAUUUCCUAUUCAGUGUAUAAAUACAUCUACUAUCCUGGACUACCUUAUGUCUAACUUGUGUACCAUUUACAAGAAAAAGUAUCUUAGAAUCAGUGGUGUUUAUCUUUUUCUAAAUAAAGCACUGUAUCACCAAAACUCA